GUGUCUUUUUUGAUCCCUGAAUGUGGCAUACUGCCUGAAGUGCUGAAAAGUACUAUUGCGGAUGUUGGAGAGUACUACCUGGUGAGGAAUUUAUCGGUUCAUGAGUUGGUCGCUCACGAAUUCAUUGAUGCUUUUGUGAAGAAAGGUUCAUGCUACGCACUUACCUAUAACACAAAAAUUGAUCAAGAUAAUACUGCAGCUCUGCUACCAAAUGGAAAACUAAUUCUAUCAGUGGAUAAGGAUACUUAUGAGGAACUUGGACUGCAAGGUCGCCCUUCUCAGUAUUCUGGAAAAAAAGUAAUGAGAUACAUUAUAACUAUUGACUUGAGUGAUUCUAGCUUUCACCCUGAUAGCAAGAAACACAACAGAGUGCUUUGGGCAUUAAAAGAAAAGAAACCUUUAGAAUUUGACUUCCUGCUGGCUUGGUAUAAUACAGGUGCAGAGGGACCAACAUUGAUGUCAUACUUUUCAAAAAACCAAAUAAAGGCCCUCAAGCCAAAAAUAACAUUCAGCACAUUAAGGGACUUGCAGUGUCCAGUGUUACAAAGUAAUGAACUACAAGGGAAGCCAGACGAGUCCUGCAGCACAGAGGAACUGUUUGAAUGGCUGGGUGCUGUCUUGAAUCAAGUUAGCCUAGACAACAAAUCAUCUAGCUUCUUAUCAACCUAUUGCUGUCCUCAGCCCAACACAAUAGUGGAAAAGGCUUUUUUGUGUACAAUCACAGGCUUUAUAAUUCCAGAGAAGAUAAUUCAGUUAUUGGAGCAGCUGUGUUGCUAUUUUGGUGAACCAAAACUGGCGUACUGGCUGACCUUAACUGUGCAUGGCUUUGCAGACAGCCCUGUUUCCUGGAGAGAAAGCGAACAUGGUUUCCACAAGGGAGGAGAAAACUUGUACAACUUUGUCAUUUUUAGAAAUCUGGACUACUGGCUUCAGAUGGCUGUAGGAACUAAUGAUGAUUGUCCUCCAUAAAGCUAUGUCUACAGAAGAAGUCUUCUAAUAAUGCCUUGUUACUGUUUAGAAACAGAAUAAGAUAGUUUUUAUAAAAGUAAUGAGGUAACAAGUUAAGUA